CGCACACAAUGCACUGCUUGGCUGACAAGGGUUCUGUCUCCCUCAUUUUCAUGAUAAAUUUUCAAUUCAGUGGAAACUUGUGAAGGAGAAGGAGUGGAGCCGUUCUGUUUCUCUCUAUGUUUUUUGCACUUUGGAUUAAGUUAAAUUAAGAAAUCGCAAACCGGAAACGACGGCUUACGAUCCAACUUCUUCUAAACAUUGGAUUACACAGGCUGUAUGAAAGAGCUGCCCAGCCCAACGGGGGCUCGGCCCACACCCUGGAAAUCGACACCGCGGCUUUGAAAUUUGGGCCUUGAUUUUUUUUUAUUUAAUUGAGAUAGAACGAAAAGAUACCUGUUGGCCAAGAAGCUAAAUAUUAUUUUACUGUGCGGGAUUAACAUUUUGAAAAUAUUUUGUUUAUGCAUUUUGUUUCCUUUAAAACUUGAGGGAUUCUUGCGUGUGGCUUAGCUGGCUAACAGCUGGAUUGGCUAGCACUAGCUAGCCAUAGUGCUAUCGUUACGUCUUUCUUUUGAUGUGAUACGAAUUCAACCAUCAUCCACGGCCAUCAACAUCUCGACAGGAGGAACGUUUGCUCUGUUAGCUUCUGGAUAUUGAUUGGCUUCCCAGGCUACCCCCAGUCUCGUUUGUCAUUCUGGAUACUUUGUAAGAAUAUCGUUAUAUUGUUAGGUUGUUGUCCAGAUAAAUUGUAAUAUAUUACGUUAGUCGUGUACAUGCUAUCCGAAAGAGCUAAUUGGCUGAAGGCAACACUGACCUAACGUCAACUAGCUGUAGCCUUUUCUAUUUAAAAAAAAAUAGACAGCUCUUUUUACGGACUAAAUUACGUUUGAUCCACUGUGGCCGUCAACAUUAGCUAAAAAAAGACUACAAAUUAAUGUAAAAGAAUGUCACGGACUCCGCUAUGUUAAUGUCAGAUAGGUUAUUGGCCGUGCUAACUAGCUAACCGUAUCGUUUUGCUAAUAAAUUUGUCAGCGUGUGCAGAAAUAAAGAAAAUCCAAGUUUGAUGUUUUGAGGAAUGGUAGAAUUGUUGUGAUUUUUAUUUAGUUUUCUAUAUAUAGACAUUUUGGCCUGCUGUGUCUUACACACCAAGACUUGUCUUUUUUGUUUACAUGCGACUAACUUCUGUGCAUCGGUUCUCGCUAGCUAACAAAUAGCUUUCUACGAGAUACCAUCAGCUAUGUCCUGACAUCUGUGUUAUAUUGUGGGUGUCUUAAGUUCGCAUGUGGGUUUAAGUUUGUGUUUAGAUUAAUUGAAAUGACACUAAAAUUUCGCCGAAAGAAAGGCACUGAUGCCAGCAGACUGUUGUCAGAGGACGGUAAAUAAUAGCCACUGGUUCCAGUAACGCCAUUUUAACAGGGGCUCCUUGUGAGGGCCUGUGUGGUGGUUUAUUUUUGUUGUGCAGUUCGGUGCCUUCCACCGGACCAGGACUCGAAUAAAGUGCCUUUGGUCCCAUUGGAGUUAUAAAGAGAGGUAACAUCUGAACAUGGAGGGCCCGAGCCGAAGCACUGAAUUCAGACGGAGUCGACGGUCGCGUUCGCAGCGCGACAGGGAGCGGCGGAGGAGAGUGGACCUGGCCGAGGAGCGGGCCACAUCCCUGUCCUCGGGCUCCGAUCGAGAGGCUUGCGGUACGAACAGUGUCUUGGGUCCCGGUGGGAGAGAAUGCCGGCCCGGUUUUGGGAGACACAGGCCUCCACGUCGGAGGAAAAGAGAGUCCGUGUCCUGCGAGGAGGACAUCAUUGAUGGUUUCGCUAUUGCGAGUUUUAUCAGCCUGGAGACACUGGAGAUGGACUGUUCUCUGAAGCCUAGCCAGCGCACUGAUAUGCCGGGUAGGAGGAACAAGGGGAAGAGGGGGCCAGAGGAAAAUGGUGGGGGGCCGCUGACAGAGCCAGAGGAAGGAGCCCCACACAGUUACCCUAGCAGCUGCUGGAUCAAGGAUAACAACAAGAGAAGAAAGAUAGAGGGUUCUCAUUUGGAAACUGGUUACAUUUGUGACACUGAGAGUGAUGCAGGUGACAAGGCCUCUGACAAUGAGAUGGAUCCAGUGUUCACAGUCAGCACUAGAAAAGUUGUGGAUCCUGCUCCUUCAAACAUGGGUACAUCCAUGAGCAAAAGCUGCCCGCCUCUACCGGCCCGCUGUUCACGGUUAAUGGUGACCCCGCGCGUAUCUGGUCUGGAGCGAAGUCAAGAGAAGAGCUUGGAGAUGCACUUCCCAGACUCUGUUUCUUCUACCUCUUCUGUCUCCUUCCCUGGCCUCCCCUCCCAUUCUGAGGUCACAGCCUCAGGCACGGUACCCCGACCCAGCACAAUUAAUGGCAACAACAACCGCCACAACGGCAGCCCACCACUUUCCAAACCUAAGCCCUUCAUCACUUUGCCUGGACAAUCUCACCCCAUCUACAAAGUCAACAACAGGAACGGCACUCCAGCGAAACCUCCAUCAUCUGCUUCAUCUGCGUCUUCCUCAUCUACUAUGCGCCCCCCAACUCCCUCCACCAGUUUGUCUCUGCCCUACAGUCGGGGCUCAGGAUCCUCAGGGCCCCUCAGACCCCCCUCCCGAGCCAGCUCUGGGGCUUUGUUCACAUCCUCACCUGGCCUGCCUCCUCCUCCACCUCUUCUACAAGCUCCGGCCCACUCAGCUGCAGCAGAGCGCGAGGGCAGACGCAGCGUCCCAGGGGCUGAAAACAAUGCAUCGGCAACGGGUCGUUCCACACCUGGAGGACCAUCUGCAUCGAGCUCUACAUCAGGUUCAUCAGGCCGGACGUCUCAGAACCAAACGAGCAUCCAGCCUUUGGCCUUCCAGUUCCAUCAGCACAACCACCAGCACCAACACACGCACACGCACCAACACUUCACACCCUUCCUGCACCCCACAGCUACUGCGCCGCCUAUGUUUGAUAAGUAUCCAGGAAAAAUGGAUGGGCUGUACCGACAUCCUUUCUUCCCACAAUACCCACCGCCCUCAGUGCCGAGUAUUCAACCUGUGAUUCCUCCCACCGGGCCUUUCAGCUCUUUGCAAGGAGCAUUUCAGCCAAAGCCUCUUGUCCCUCAGGGAACGGGUCCUGAUUUAACAGCACGACUUGGAGUUGUGCCUCACCACCUGCAGCCCAAAGACCCCAGGCUAACUGAUCCAUUUGGGACAUCGUUGAAAAUCAGUAAUAAACCAGGAAAGUGGUGUGCUAUGCAUGUAUAUGUGGCCUGGAUGAUUCUAAGCCAUCAGAAAAAAGUUAAACUGAUGCAGGCCGAUCCUCACAAGCUAGACUUCCGUAGCGACCUGCUGGCCCGUUUUCCAGGACCUGGGGGACUAGGCCAACUGGGACCCAUGGGAGGAGCCCUGCCUCCAACUCACGACUUGACCAGACCUCCCAGUCUGUUCUCAGCCACAGGUGCAGUUAAUCCGUCCUCAGCACCUUUUAUCUCUCCAUCAGUGCCACACUCCUCUUUCCUUCCACCGAAUGCCCAUUUGGGUGAGAGAAGCUUAAAAUAUCCGUAUGGCCGAUCCCCACCCUUUACUCCACUGGGAGCCCUGGGUUCUGGUGCCUUUGGAGGACUUGGCAGCCCAACACUGGCUGGCUCCAUGUUUGGUCCUAAAGAACCACCCGCCAGUGUGGUUGGGGGCUUGUCCACCUCCAACCAUCACGAUGCGUGGAGCCGUCUACAUGGUGGUCCUUCUGGGCUCCCUGCAGGCCCCAGCUGGGCUAAAGGAGCAGACAAGAGGGAUGAGAGGGAUCGAGGGAAGGAUGGAGAGAGAAGAGACAUCCUCCACAUCAAGGAUGAAAAGGACAGAGACAAUAUGCUGUAUGGCCGACCACCUGUGAGAAUGUCACCUGUUGCCCCUUCCUUCAAGCCACGCAAUAGCCCCCCAGUCUCCCACAUAAAUGGCCACAGCAGCUCCCUCGGGGGGAACAGUGGGCCUAUUGAGGACCUGACACGCAGUUUAAAUAGAGACAGAGACCGUGAGCGAGACAGAGAUGGAGACAAGAGGCCAGUGCCAACAUUAUCUUCAAGGGGGGGUCCUCUUGGCCCUUCAUCCUUAGUAGCAGACAGGGACAGACCACGGUCUUCCUCAUCAUCUGUGCUCACUACUCCCCCACCCUCCAACCGCUCAGCCCCAUCUCCUUUGGACCUUUACCCCCGCUCGCAGGCCCAGACAGCACACAGCCACCACAAUGACCACUCACACUCCCAAAGAGAGAAUAACCUCCCAGCUUCUUCUGCAGCUUCUUCCUCUGUUGCGUCUUUGUCUCAGGCCAAGAAGUCUGACCGCACCACAACGCCUGUCUCCAAACCUCCACUGCUUCUACCACCAGUUAAAGUCAAAGAGGAGCGGAAAGAGGAGCCAGAGCACAUACCAAUUACCCUUCCUCCACCACCACCCAGCCACAGCUUUGACCGCCCCAGCAGCCAUCCACACCACCCUAGCUCUGGUACCCCGUCUUCCUCUUUAUCACUGACUCCCACUCCUGUUGUUUCACUCCCACCACCGACCCCAAACCCUCCUUCCCAUCAACACCUUGCUCUGCUGGAACGUUCAAGAGCCAUUGAGGCAUACCUAGGGGGUACAGGAGGUGCUACAGGGCUGGUAAUAGGUCCAGCUGGAGAACGUUUUUCACAUGGUCCUCCACAAGGGCCACCACAGGGUCCACAUAGCUUCACCUGGGACCCCUGGAGGGAGCUGGCAGUUCAUCAACAACAUCAGCAUCGUAGAGAGGCUUUGGCACUUAGGUCAGAUCCACACCUAGCCCUGCGAUCUGAUCCACAUCUGGCUCGGCUGCUCCAACAACAGCGGUUUCUAGAGGCAGAAAGGGCUGCAGCUGUAGCUGCAGCAGCCGCUGCCACCCCUCAACAGCCUCCAACUUCUACCUCUGCUGCCGUCUCCGCUGUUCGCCCAGAGUUUGGCCUGAUGGCCCAUCACUUUGACCGCCCUCCUCAGCUUGGACCCCCUGGUGGCGGGUUGAUGGAUGAGGAGCAGCGAGCCCAAAUCUUGAGGGAAGACUUUGAGCGGGUUCGCUACUUUGGGAUGCAUCCACACCUCCCACCUGGCUCUCACCUCUCGAGCCCCUCUCAUGCUGCUACUGCCGCUCAUCUGGAGCAGCUCCACCCUGGCCUUCUCUCCCACCCGCUCUCUUCAGGAGCCACUGCUUCCCCGCACCACGCAGGCCUCUACUCUCGUCUCGGUCCUAUCAAUCCACACCACUUGCCCAAUGGAAUCCUUGCAAAGACCACUGCAGGCUUAGUAGGAGCGCUGUCAGUGGGGGCACCGCCUCCACUCAUUCCGUCCAUCACCAGCCGGUCGUCCACGCCUCCCCGCAGUUCAAGACUUGGAGGGCCAGGUGAGCUGACAUUGUACAGCGCCCACAAAGAUGGGGAGUCCAGAUAGUACACGGACAACACUGGAGGAGAUUAAGGGAAAUGUCAGGAUCACUGUGCUGCUCUCAACCUGCCCCCUUUUCCUCUCGCAGACUACUAAAACCCCUGCCUUCCCAGAUACACAACCAAACCAGCUCCAGUCUUCACACAAACAAAAAUAAAAACAAGAAAAAAAAAGACAUUAAAAGAGUAAUUGUGACUGGCUGGAGGUGAUGGUAGGGAGGGAAAUACAAGACUCUGAAUAUGCCCAAUGGUUCUAUCAGUGCAAUUUAAAGGUACAUGAUUUAUGUGCAUCCUUGGUGAUUUAUUUUGAAUUUUAUAAUGGCUAUUGGUUAUUACAGUGCUCAGUUUUGAAAGCUGCAGGAAGAAGCAGAGGGGACAGCUUUUUCAUUUAUCAGGUCAAUUAUGAUUCAUGCUUUUACACAAGCAUUUGGGUGGACUGGUAAUGACUUCCGGAAGGAUGUACACAUUGAAGACAUGUCCGGGUUUCAUCCUCUGCUUGGUUAACUCGUGGUAUAUUUUAAUGCCCUCUUUGACAUUAGUUAGGUAAUGUGGAUGGGGGUUUUAGAAAUACAUCGGACAAGUGGUGCUUUUUCUUUUUUGUUUUUUGUCUGUCAUUGCAAAAUAUUACUUAUGAGACCAUUUAAUUAAGAUCGGUGAGCAUCGUACCUCAGUUUCCUGCUAUACCCAAAUAUUUAACUCCAAACCCUCAACUUUACUGUUAAUGAGAUUCAACCUUGUUUGGCUCAUUUUUGUUUUCUAUGGAUGAAUGGUGAAAUGAACUGUUUUACACUGUGUGAGUGAACACAGUGUUUUAGAGCUUCCUGUAACUGUUUCCCAGUCUCCUCUUGACUAUAUGAGCAGGACCAGAUUAUAGUAGUCUAGAGAAAUUGCCUUUGUAAUUAUUAUUCUUAACAUUAAUUAUCUUCUAUAAUAAUAAAUAUAUUCACUGUUAUGUUAUUUGUCAUUGUUUCGGGUAUCAACCAGCACUCUCUCCCCAGGUAGUAAUGUCUCAAGUAAUGCAAAAGGCUUGCUUCACAGAAAACUUUUUAAAAGCUUGUGAACAUCAAGCCACAUCCAUUGCAACCUCUGGUCUCUUCUAAGGAACUGAUCUACAACUACUAAGCUGAGAACGAGGUUGGCCUGUGUCACUGGUUUUGUGCUAUCUUUUGGGACUACGGGAGCCUUGUACAUUGAGCUGUCAAGUUGUUUCAUCAACAAAUAUAAGUUAUAUACAAGAACAAGUGGGACAUCUGUUGAAGAACCGGAAAAAAAAAAUUAUAAGAACUUGUGUCAAAAGGCAACUAGACAGUGGGUAUCCUGAGAGGGAAAAGACUGGGUCAAUUAUUUUAAUAUGACCAUUUUAUACCUUUCAAACCCUCCCCUAGAGACAACAAAGAAUAAUUAUUAAAUGAAUUGUUGUUUA